AUGAUGGUGACUGGCCGCCUGCUGUUGCUAUGUGCCCUCUGUGUGCUGUGGUGCGGUGCCUGCGGUGGUGGAUGUUCUGAAGCAGCUCUAGCCCUCCCGGUUACUGGUGAGUCCGAAGACAAUAAACGUAAAGGUGAAAACAACACAACCGAUGACGUUGGAGGAGGUGGCCCAACCGGUCAACCGGCAGUUACACAACCAGCAGCAGGAUCGGUGCCUGUAUCGGGAACGGAAGCGGAAUCGGCACUACAACCCGCAGCACAAGCACUACAAUCCGUAGCAAAGGCGUCAGGAACGGCAAAUGCAACGACGGAAAACAACAAGAACACGACGAAAAAAGAAGAUAAAACUGAUAAUGAUGAAUUGAAGAAUGAGGAAAAGGAAGAGGAGGAAGAGGAGGAAGAAGAGGAAGAGGAAGAUGAAGUAGAAGUGGAUGAUGGCAAGGAGAAAAAAGAAGAGACGGAGGAAGAGAAAAAGGAAGAAGAAAAAGAUGAUACCGGCACUACAGAGAGGAUUUCAGAACGCGGUCAGGAAGAGCCAAUAUCACCUUCUCGUGUGGAGGAAGCAUCGAAUAAAACAAAACCCCAAAGAACUCAAACAACUGGCGACAAAGAUCCAGCAGCUGAUGGUGCAGGGACGCAAGAAGAAAAACAAAAUGAAAAUAAAGAAGCCAAUCCGAAAAAAACACCAGUCGAAGCCACGGCCAUGAAAACCACAACGCCGACGACUGGUGACAGUGACAGCAGCACCGCGGUCUCCCACAGCACCUCCCCUCUUUUGCUUCUUCCUCUUCUUGUUGCGUGUGCGGCUGCGGCUGCGGUGGUGGCCGCGUGA